AGCUGUGUUUGAAGUAGAACGUAGUGAUGAUUUUUUUUAAUGAAAAAGUAGACCGAACUGUCUGUUUUUUAGGUUAAAAAUCGUUUUGUAUUUGUUGCUUCGGAGGAGGGAAAUUGUUCAGUGGAGUUUUGGGAUUGAGAUGAGGAACUACAAGAGAAAAACCGACAGACAGAGCUGGAGUUCAACGGAUAUGGCACAAGCUAUUGCUAUGGUUGUUGAAAAAAAAUUGGGAAUUAAUAAAGCAGCACAGUUAUUCAAUGUGCCAAGUACUACAUUGCAGAAUCGGGUUAAAAAGUAUCAGAGUGGAUGCUCGUUGGAGGAAGCUGCUAAGAAAGGUCUGGGAAAAUUUAAAGCAAUAUUUACUGAACCACAAGAGAAAUGCCUCGUGGAAUAUAUCCAACAGGUCCAAAAAAACAACACCGAAAAAUUCACAACAAAAGACCUGAGAAAACUUGCCUACCAACUGGCCGAAAAAUGUAAUGUGCAGCACAAAUUCAACGCUGAAGAUGGAAUGGCAGGAUUGGACUGGUACACCGGCUUCAUGAAGAGGCAUCCGGAGCUGUCAUUUCGGAAACCGAAGAGCUCUGACGAUUACCCAGACCAUCACGACUGCCUCGAAAUCAUUCUAGAAGAGCCUGAGGUGAAAAGUGAACCAGUAGAUCCACCCAAAUCUUCCCUAUAACACACAUAAACCCUUAUCGAACAACUUCAACGGUUUAGGAUUAAGAGAUACCUAUGGUACAUUAUUAUUUUCAUUAUCUGUCGCGUAUUCUAUAUAUUAAGUCUUCAGUAUUAUUCAGUUAUUCAUGAUUAUGUGGGGUCAUUUUUUUUAUUUAUUGUGACGAGGAUUCAUUAGGUAAUUGAGCUGAUGUGAAUUUUAAAUAAAGCAGUGGAAUAAGUGGAA